AUGAAAACUGGCAAUAAGAUCAGGUAUAACUCCAAGAGGAGACAUUGGAGAAGGACCAAGCUUGGCCUGUGA